UGUAUUAUUUUUUUAUUGUGAAAAUCUUUCACAUUAUGUUAAAUAGAGUAUAAAAAUAUACAGAAUAUCGACUAAAAUAUCAUUGCCGUAAGGGCUUUUACCCAACCACCCCGUUUUACAAAAAUAGAAUACCCUAAUAACUCCCACAAUUCCUGCCAUUUCCAAGAUGGCAGCCCCCAUGUACAAGUCGACUAUAGAUGCCCGAUCCAUCAACAUGAGUGAAAAGGAAGACUCAUUCGUAGCAUCGGCAUCGUCUCUUCCUUCCUCCGCCUCCACUGCCUCCAGCAGCCCGCAUCACAUCUUACCCCAGGAGCAACAGUUCCUGGAGAUGUACUUCACCGCUCUCAGCCACUUUGCGUAUGACAGAUUCAAAGAGCUAUUGGACCAAGAGAAAGAGGCAAUUCGCUCCCAGCCAGGGAAUCUCUGGACCAGCCUUGUCAACGCUCUGUCUGUCCUAGCGUCCGCCGAGAAAACCUACAUGCACCUGGUCUUCUUUGAGCAGAAAUGGUUUGCCCGAGCGCAAUCGGGCAAGUGGCUCUUCUCCUCAGCCAUGAGUGACGUCCGUCGCGUGGAGCUGCGAGGCAAAGAGGUGGGUCACCCAGGAUCGAACCCCGAGGACAGGCUCUUGUCUCACCUAUGUGAGCAGCUGGUUCACUUCAUUGAGGCACGGCAGGAAAUGAUGGACCUAUAUGAGAAGCUGUGUUAUUUAGGAUCUCAGAAAGCUGACAUCAAUGUGUCUGAUCUGAGUGUAGCUGUGGCAAGUGUCAUUUCGAGACAUGCCAAGCAGUUUCAUCACCCGAUCCUGAGCUCCAUCCGGUCCAACCUCUCCCUGGAGUUGGAGACCCUCCACGCACUCCUCAAGGCCCUGGUGCACCUUGCUGAAUUCAGCUUCCUGCCGGCCCUGCUCAGCCUGAACGAGUCGCAGUGCAAACUGGAUGAGUGGGGUGCAUCCAUCAAACUCAGAGAGGCAAAGAAGAAGCUACAGACAAUGGCACCGGGGAAGGUCACCGGUAUCCCACCGCUGAUGGUGUGGUACGUUCGCUUCCAGGCAUCGCAGAUGUCCAAGUUUAGUCUUUACUUUCACGAGAUGCUUGCCAAGCAAGCACUGCCCGGAGAAAUGAGAACGCACCUAUCAAGCAUGUCGAUCGAGUAUUACACAAAAAUUGCGCUGUUCCAGAAGAAAUCAGACGCCCUCAACAUCUCACUGGUCUUUGACACGCGGGGGUCAGAGGGCACGUACAAAGGUCACGGUUACCACCAUCCCAACUCAUUCUGCGAGCCGCCCAAGGGGCUAGACUCCUAUCCAGCCGUCUUCUCAUUCCCUACUGAACGACCUGUCCAUCUUUGGCCAAAUUUGAUCAUGCUGCUGCCAAAUGCCGAAAGUGGACCCAUCGACAGAGUGGUUCAUUUUUAUGACAAGACUCAGCAGAUAACUUACUACAUCUGCCGGGUGGACAUCAAACUUAGUCUGGUCCUCAUCUUUGAGGCCAAGAAAUCGGAGCGGGAUACCAACAUCAACAACUUUUUACAAGAGAUGGGGCAGCUUCUUAGAGUCAACAAAUUGUUUGCAAGUUUAAAACAAGGUGCCAAAACGAAGGCCCUUAUGAACUGACGAUCGACACGGCUGCCCUUCUAAAUCUAAAAGACUGACUGACCGUUCUACUGUUGAAUGCUUGGUCAGUGGUCAUGUGACUUGGAGCUCUCUCAUUGGUCGAAGGUCGAUGUAGUGAUAUGCGUAUCGAGGCCUGACAGAGGAUGGCAUGCGAUGGAUGUAGCAAGUUGUACUACCCUCGGUGUGGAUCGAAGACACAUAGGUUCUCGUAGUGUUUUCCCUUCAAAAAAACUUAUCCCAACCAACAAAAAUAUUUCAUG